AUGGCAAGGGAUUGCACCCGUGGGAAGAACCCAAAUGCGAGCCAGAGUCAGCACCAGGGGCGAGUAUUUGCUGUAAACACCAAGGAUGCUUCCAAGGUGGAUCCGUUGAUGAGAGGUAUAUGUUUAAUUGGUGAUAAAACAUUAAUUUCAUUGUAUGAUACUGGAGCUUCGCAUUCAUUUAUUUCGUUUGCUAAAGUUAAAGAACUAGGCUUGAAAGUGUCAAAGUUAGUGUUUGAUUUGCAUGUACAUACUCCGCAUAUGAUGGUUAUGAAUAGGGCAGGGUGUAGGCAAGUAGGUUUUAAGCUUGUGGGUAGAGACUUCGUGCAUGACUUGAUUUGUUUACCAAUGGUUAGGUUGGAGAUAAUUUUGGAGUUUGAUUGGUUGUCGAAGAAUUGGGUUUUGUUGCAUUUCUUUGAGCAGUCGAUUUGGUUUAUGCUGGAAGGAGAAAAUAGGGCAGUGAUAGCUGAGGGCUACUACCUGAACUUUGUAACGGUGCACUAUAGUGGGGAAGAGUAUCAGGGUUAUCUCUUGUUGACUUCUAAUGCGUUGGGUGAUGCCCAGAACUUAGAUCAGAUUCCGGUGGUAAGAGACUUUCCUGAGGUAUUCCCGGAAGAUAUCCCAAAGCUUUCACCUCAAAGGGAGAUUGAAUUUGCAAUUGAAUUGGUGCUGGGAACUAGACCAGUAUCGAUUGCGUCGUAUAGAAUGGCUCUGAUAGAGCUGGCCGAAUUAAAAACUCAGUUGGAAGAGCUUUUGAAUAAGAGGUUCAUUCGACCGAGUGUACCACCGUGGGGAGCGCCCAUUUUAUUGGUGAAGAAGGAUAGAGGAAUAUGA